UUCGUUACGGAAACAGAAACUGUAUUAGUUAUUAGAGAGAUCGAUCAUUACAUAAAUUUCGAAAGUAUAUUUUCUUGUUAUCGGAAUUAGGAUUAAUUUAUCGAGAAUUUUAAAAGAAAUGUAUUCGAACGGUCCGGUGUUCAAGGCAGAGACGACGAUGUCUUUCCGAGAUCAGCCGUACGCCGGACAACUUCCUCAGGGCCUUUGGACCACCGGACUUUGUGACUGCCACGAAGAUCCUCAAAUCUGUUUUCAGACCGCUGUCCUGCCAUGCAUCACGUUUGGGCAGAACUCGGAGAUCGUCAGCAGAGGAACAAUCCCAUGGUCGAAUUCGAGUUCAAUACAUAUGGUGCUGAGUUUGGUGGGAUGCUGUUGCAUCUAUGGCUUCCCGAACAGGACGAGGCUAAGAGAACACCUCUCCCUGCCCGAGGAGCCAUGCCGAGACUGCCUUCUCCAUAUCUUCUGCACCCAUUGUGCUCUCUGUCAAGAAUCUCGUGAGCUCAAGAACCGGGGAGCCGAUCCCUCCAUCGGUUGGCAAGCGAAUAUAGAGAAAUGGAGCGAAGAGAAAAUAACUCCGCCGAUUGUUGUACCUGGAAUGUCUCGUUGAGGUUUGUAUAUCCCAAUAUGGGGAAAAAACCUUCUGUAGGUGUCUGAAAUUUUCAGAUGAAAAAUGAUGAUUCCGAAUGGUUUAA